GUCCAGCAUAAAGCUCUCAACAGCAGCAGCAGCACAAUUCGCGCGGCAGCAGUUGGCCCACUUUCUGCGGCGAAGUCCUUACCAGGUUAAUCUCCUCGUCGCCGGCUACGACCAGGACGGGGCGUCGCUGUACUGGGUGGACUACUUGGCGAGCUCCGUGGCCGUGCGGAAGGGGGCGCACGGGUACGGGGCGUACUUCGUGGAGGGGCUGCUGGAUCGGUGGUAUAGAGAGGACUUGAGCGAAGAAGAAGCUUUGGAAGUGUUGAAGAAAUGCAAAAAGGAACUUUCCUGUCGUUUUCUGGUCUCUCAAAGCGACUUCGUCGUGAAGAUCGUCGACAAGAACGGAGUCCGCCAGGUCGAAAUCUGA